AUGGCGUCCCGCCGCGUCCUCCACCUCCUAACGGCAUCUCGAGGCAUCUCCUCAACCCCACAUCUCGCCUCCCUCGGGUGGAUCAACAAGAUCAAGGACACCUUCACCGGCAAGAAGGCCGCCGACUCACCCUUCCCCCCGUCUGAAUCCUUCAAUCUCAACAUGUUCGCGGAUUCGAUGGAGAUGGCGAGGAAGGUGGGAACUUUCAAGAACUUCGUGUCAGGGAGAUGCAGCGAGGCCACCGUCGUAGCCGCCUGCGAGAAGCACGCCGCCGUUCUUCGCUACCUCGCCACCAUCGACCCAACCGGCGAGAAGCUCAAAACCAGUGACAAAAUUAGUGCCACCAAGCAUUGCAACUGCACAAUUGCUGAUGUGGAGCACAUACUGGCCAAGUACACAUGGGCUAAAGAUGCCCAAAAGAAGAUUGAAAAACUCAAAGAAGAAGGAAAGCCAGUGCCAAAGACAUUUACUGAGGUGCAAAAUCUAAUGGGUAAUACAGCCUUUGACCUUGGAAGAGCUAAUCUGGAAAAGAGUGGUGUUGUGGGGCUUCUUGAGGUGAAAACCCAUGCUUUCCUUUUGGUUGCUAGCGCUGACUGGGGCAGAGUUCUGCUCUGCUGUGAUCAAGAAAAGCACGUCGGGAUUCUCAACCUAGACAGCGAGACUGCCUCAGUGGCUGAAAGAGCCAAACUUAGUUGUUGCAAACCUGGCUGCGAAACUUGUAAAGCGCCAUAA